AUUUUUGGCCGUCUUCGCUUCCAUACCCAAUUACACAGCCCAUCACUCUGUUCCGUUCCACAUAGGCAAAUUUCGGGGAAUUUUAUUUAGGGUUGUUCUCGCAUAAAAUCUGUUUUGACCGAUGCAGAAUGUUGGAAGCCGUUUGGCUAGAUUAUGCAAUACAAAGAUGAUAUAAAUUGGUUUUCGUGACAACCUUCAAAGCCACGAGCCGCUGGAUGGUCCCUUGUCGAUCUUCGAAGCAAUCGCCGUUCAUUCGUCAUCACAAAGCUGGCCCGUAUGAGAAGGAUCCGGGUCCGAUAAUUGAAUCUACGAAAGGAGUGUUCAACGAUGCUAUAUCUCUUCCUUUAUCACGCCAUCACUACCACAUUUUCUUGAACGCACUUUCUAGUAGAAUCCUUCAACAAUCACAAACUACCCUCAAACGCAUACAUUGGAAACCUGCAAAAAUGAGAAGGAAAGCAAACGAAUCUCUGCCUCCUUUAAAUAUGACCAAAGCAUCCUUUCAACGUAAAGAAGAAAGAGCUGAGGCUGACUCUGACUUAAGAACACCUACUUUACUCUUUCCGGCUUACCCUCAAUCACCUUCUCUCAUCGAUCGCGCAAUGGCAAGGCAAAGUGGAUCUUACCGUACAUCUGGCGGUAUGCGUUCCUUUGAUGCUUGCGAUACCGUCAAAUCAUCACCAAAACGCAAUCUUCGUCAUGUUCGUUCUGCGAUCACAACAAAUGAUAUUUCAGAACCAACGCUAAUCGAAAAGAAAAAGAAUUCUGCUGAUGAUCCAUUUUAUGCUGCACAUCAAACAAGAAAUGUCUUUAAUCCGAUUUCAGCACCUCAAUCACCUAAAUUGACCAACUUUUAUCCUCAUUCUCUCGCAAAGGAUGACGGAAAACGAAAUCAAGAACCACAUUUCACCAAAAUCAAACUGCACCAACGCGGCAGGACAGAUCCUUCUGUGCCUUUAUCCACCAUCAAAGCACGUAACGUAUUGGAUCCCAAACGGUGGUCAACUCUGUUCUCAUCAAGAAACGUGACUGCUGUGCAAGCCAACCAUGCUACACAUCAGACGACUCAAACACACUUCAAGAGAUUCGGCAAAACGAGCAGCCCAAGACUAGAAGAAGCUUGGCAACAACGAUUGCCAGAAAGUCCUCGUAAAAUCUCUCAUCCCUUUUCCAUUUCAGCUGCUCCUGGAUCGGCUCUUGGCAAGGCAAUCACAUCAUCAGGCAACUUUAUAUCAAUGAGCCCAGCCGUUUCUUCGAAUGGUACACUCGUUGAAUCUACGGGACACGAUGCAGAACGAAUCUUGUUCAACCUUGAUCUUCAGGCACGCAUGCCCAUUCUUCAAUCUACACAUUCUCCUCUGAAUGAUACGAUACACCCAAAUUCUUCAUUCGACGAGCGCCAACAACAAAAGUCAAGCUUAUACGGUCCUCAAUUGCGCCGCAGCACGUUCGGUUCACGAAGCUCUGGGCGGUAUACCGAGUAUCAUGAGCCGAUCGAAGAUGUGUUAGAAGAGUAUUUAUUGCAAGAUGAAGAAGAUGGACGAACAGGAAGACAGGAAGAAGAAGAGAGGAUAACUGCUUCGUUCUCAGAGGGUAACUCACUAUACUACACACCAGGAGAAGCAAGCAUGAUCAGCGAAUCUCAAACAUUCGCCACUUGUCACACCAGUCUUGAGGGUAGAACGAUGAGUGCACGCAGUGCAUCAACUCCCGCUUUCGUUCAAGAUGGUGAUCGAAGUGCAGCUUCGUCUGAUUUGAUGGACAGAUCAUUAAUCCAAACAAAUGGAUCGGACGCAUUCUUCACUACUCCUUCCCGUCGUACCCGAGAUUUGAGCUUACAAGCACUUGGAUCUGUCCGAUCGAAUGAUUCCACAAUUGAAGAUUGGGGCAGUAGACCAGAAGGAUUAUGGAUCGAAACAGGAGAUGAGCUCUCGACGAAAUUGAAAGCGAUGCUCACGGAUCAGGGUGAACGAAAUCGACAGUCACGCUUACGUGCUUGGAGAGAACACGCCAGAAGCGGAAGUCAUCGAGAAGCAGCUUUGCAAGCACUACUUGCUCAACAGAAGCAAUACCACCAAGAAUCAUUUGAUACAGACAUCCAACCAGCGUAUCACAGGGUCAGGGUAUCAGAUUUCCUUCAUAUCAGAGAGGAAGCGCCAGCGAAAACUGAUUUGCAAAGGUAUUUACAAGCAAGUGGUGCCGAAAAGAAGCAAGAGCAUCACAAUACCUCGGAGGCCAAUGAAGAUGACUAUGGAAGCACAUACCUGGACUCCACCAUGGAUGCAACUAGUGUUCUGGAGAACGAUUCCGAAUCCGUUGAAAUCCGAACUGCUUGGAGAGGAAAAGUUGAUCAAUACCAGAGAUUCGAAAAUGGAUCCCAACUUCGUUCGGCCUUUUCAACAGAGUCUUUCGAUAUGCCAAAAAGUGAAGGGAAGCUCAUCCCAUCAGAUUCUUCAUACAGUCCUGUCCUUCGCCCUAGCAACAUUCCAAGACGCAAACACCCCAAGAAACCUUCUUUGCUGCAGCUCAGUGAAGCAGAAGAGAAUCAAAACUAUACCGGAGAAGUACCAGUACCUCGUCGGAUCCCCAAAAAUCCAAACAGAGCUGCAACUUGCGUGAUGGGAGUACAAGACUCAUUGGUGUCUCCGCCAAGGUCUUUACCGCAAUCAACCAGUGAGACUGGAUUGGCAGACGAAGCAAUCGGAUUUGACUUAUGUGCACAUCUUUUACAAAGGGCAAGGGAGAGCAGAAGUGAGGUCAAUAGUCACCAAUAGCAAAACUCUACUAUUAUAUAUUCUUGGGCCUAUAAUAC